UUGAUCAAUGAGAUAAAAUCACAGUCUCUUUUUUUAAAUAGAUGAAUCAAGUUAUAUUUCUUUAAUGUGUAGAUUGGCAUUCUUGUAUUUUUACAUAAAUACAUGGGAGAAGGGAUAAGGGUAGGAAGAUGCAUGAUUAUGAUGAAACACAUGAAUUGAAAAAUAUUUAGAUUGUGUCUACUCCGCUGAGAUAAGUAGAAUUAAUUAAACAGGUUAUUAACUUCGCAGGUAAGCAUAUUAUUUAUAGUCUUGUUUAUAAAACUGCCUAUCUAUUUAUAGCCAGUGAAUGUUUAAAGUUAAAAAUAAAUUAAUUGUUUAUUUUGAAGCUAUGUUGUCGUGCGAGUGUCAGAGGCCCGCCUCCCUGCCGCUCUCUCGGGGCAGCUUCAAGCAGUUUGUGAGAGGAUUCACCUCUGCCCCGGGCCGCAUGCCAGUGGUAGCCGAUGUAAUCAUCCGACAUUACAGCUCGAACCAGACGAAACCCACAUCGUACCGCAUCGGCAGCAUCAACUCUGUGCUCUCAGAUCCUGACUUUGACGUUGAAAAACCCACAGUUUUAUAUGCUCAUGGCUACGUGGAGCUAUCAACGGACGAGAGCAUCAUGACAGUGAUCAACGCGUACCUGCAGCGAGGGGGGCACAACGUGCUGCUGCUGGACUGGUCCAACCUCGCCUUCGGGAACUACGCCAUCAUCGUCAAGACAUUGCCUAUUGCAGGUGAAGCAGUAGGCAGGGCGCUUCUAAAGCUGGUGAAGUCAGGUCUCCCAGUCAAGAAUCUGCACCUGGUCGGCCACUCGCUCGGCAGCCAUCUAUCGGCGUAUGCUGCGCGGUCCCUCUCGUCUAAGGGAUUUACUGUGCCCAGGCUAACCGGGCUAGACCCAGCUUACCCUGGUUUCUACCCGGCUCUAUUAGCUCCUCCCAUAUCAGCAUCAGACGCUGAGUUUGUUGACAUCAUCCACACGGACGGAGGCGGGUUCGGGACCCCUGAGAGGACGGGACAUGCUGACUUCUGGCCUAAUGGGGGGCAGGCCAAGCAGCCUGGGUGUCUGUCGGCUACUGUACCACUUACUAUUGAAGAUUUCUGCAGCCACUGGCGUUCCUGGAAAUUCUGGGCAGAGUCUCUGACGUCAGAUACAUUUUUGGCGCGAAAAUGUAAGGACUACGACACUUUCCUACGAGGACAGUGCAGUGAUGAGCCUGUCGUGUUCAUGGGAAUCAAGGCUACUCCAGAUUUACGCGGCAACUUCUAUUUGAGGACGGGAGCAAAGUCCCCAUAUGGACUCGAUAAGAUAGGAGCCAGCUGAUGAUCAUUCAUGGAUACAAAACCUUAUUUUAGCUUUAAUUUGUAAAUAGUCAUAUGAUAGGAUUAGGUAAGAUGUCAUAAAUAAAAUGAAAGAGAGAAAAACGAA